CGGUGAAGGAGUGCGAGGAGAUGAUCCAGAGGAGCCUCCGAAGUAAGAAUCCCCCAUCCAAAUUUGCCGCUUCCCCGCCUCGUUUGCAUCUCCUUCAUUCGCGCGUCAGGAUAAAGAUCUCACCUUUAGGCUCCGACUCCAAUGGUGAGAUUCCUGAAGGAGCAGUUGGAGAAGGCGGGGUGCGCGCUGGGGGACAACUUCAUCAAGGCUGUUAACUGCGACGGGAAAGUCAGCGGCGGCUACAUGCCGGGCCUAGGGGUAUAUGAGUUUGAAUUACCUGCAUACAUCAUUGGAAAUGAAGUCGAUCCAUGUAUAGUCGUGUGUAGUAACCACAUGGAACUCCAAGAUGAUGUAAAUCAAGUAGUCAUACAUGAACUCAUUCAUGCGUAUGAUGAGUGCCGAGCUGCAAAUUUGGACUGGAGUAAUUGUGCCCAUCACGCUUGUAGCGAGAUACGUGCCGGCCAUUUAAGCGGUGAUUGUCACUACAAACGGGAGCUAUUGCGGGGUUACAUGAAGAUACGUGGUCAUGAGCAGGAAUGUGUGAGGAGAAGAGUAAUGAAGUCGGUUACUGCGAAUCCUCACUGCUCAGAAGCAGCUGCAAAGGAUGCGAUGGAAGCUGUGUGGGAUGUCUGUUACAAUGAUACGAAGCCAUUUGAUAGAGCUCCGUGAUUUUGUGGUUUCUGGCGCUUGUUGAUGCCAAUCAAGUGGAAUUAUUAUUCCUAGAAUCUUUCAAUGAACACUGGAGUUCAAAGCAGAUUGGAAUGCGGAUCGAAUCUUUAGUCGCAGAGGAAUAGAACAACCAAAA